GGCAGUGAACUCUGGCAUUGCUGAGGUACUGAGGUCCGUGCUGGGACUGUCAGUCACCUCCAAGAAAGUGUCCAAACAAAACUAAACAAAUUCAUCUAAGCCCUCAUGGACACCGAAGCUACUCCAAAAACAGCACAACAAUCUGGGUGAGCUUAGCCCUUUCAGUUAUUGCUGCUGGUUAGCACAGCAGAGAGAAGGAAAGGAAACACAAGCCUGGCUCAGAUUGUGGAGCUGGGCUUGGCUUGUUUUCUCAGUAAUACGCAGCUGACUCGAUAUCAGGAAACAGCACUGGCCUCAGAACCGAAAGAGAAAGCAGAUAACAGAUAUCUGCACGUGACAAAACAGGCUGUGGUGGCAGACGGCAGCCAGCAAGCACCGGCAGCAGCCACAAACUCGCUUGGCUCCUACAGCGGCACCACAGCCCUCGCCAGAGUGUUCCAGCUCCACACCCACCCAAUGGGCAGCCCAUUCAGAACAAUGGGCAUCCUCCAUGGGACUUUCCAGUCUCUCCAGAUGCCUGUUGUGAAGAAGCCCUCCAAGAGACACCACAAGAAGUGAGGGGAAAGUGACCAGAGAAGUGGACAGUGUGAAGCAGAAGCUUGCAAGACAGCACUGAGGACAGUACAAGUUCCGGGGAGAGGAGCAGAUUCGGGUUUGCCACCCAGUCUGAGAGAGGAGCAAGGUGGGUGGCAACCACAGGUGUGUCUCAGCAGCACCCACCUGGGCCUCAGAGGAAGGCAUCCCCACAACAGCUUUUACCAUGGCAGCAGGAGAGCAUGCAGGCACUAGGAUGGGUCUGCUGCAGCAGAGGUGCAUUGAGAAGCUGCUCCACGUGCUGGCUUUACUGGAGACUCUUGGGACCUUUGCCUUGAUGUCCUAUGCACUGGUGUACGAAGCUGGAAACCUGGUGAACCUCCCUGACAAACGCAUUGGCUUUUACAACUUCUGCCUGUGGAACGACACAGCUGGGGAACUGCAGUGCCUGGACAACCAGCAUCUACAGGCAAUGGGCAUCAGCCUACUGGAAAUAGCACUAGCCAGGGUUUGUGUGUAUACCUGCCUGGUCUUCAUCCUCUUCCACCUCGUUUUUGUUUUAACUGUGAAUUGCACUGGGCAGAGAGAGGGCUGGAAGAUGAUCCGCACCAUAACCCUCAUCAAGAUGAUAGUCCUGUCUGGAGGCCUGGGUAUGUUUAUUUCACAAACCUCACAGUGGAUUCAUCCCUCUGAUUUCACUGGAGGCUUCCUGGCACUGCUUGGGACUCAGGCUCUGCUACUGCUCCAGAUUCUCACUGCCACUGUGUACCUCAGCUGGGCCAGGUACACACAUACAUACCAAAGCUAUUUAAAUGAGGAGGCCCUGCCCACUAAGAUUUGACAGUGAAGAUGCAAGAGCUAUUGGUAAGAUGAUUUAAAAUAGCAGUCCCAAUACAGCUUUACUCCCUAGCAAAAAUCUGAUUCCCAGUCCAAAGGGUCAUGUCAAGCCAUGUUCUGGCACAUUGCUGUGUGCAGCACUCCUGCAUCAAGCUGGCAGCAGACACCAACAGCCACAGCACAGAACCCUCCCAGGUACAACAGCAUGAAACACCCCUCAGUUUGGGGAAGUGACAGCACUUCUGGGCCCCAAAGAGCAGUGAAGGCAGCAGAACCAGCAUACAGUAGACACAGCCCUCUGCCCAUAUGUGGUCUAAGUAAAAAAAUUUGCUAGUAUCUUAAAGUAUGUGACUAAUCUGUAAUCAAUAAAUAAAAUGCUGUUAUUACCUUUUGCUCUACCAUAUAACAAAGGGAGCUUAAAAACAGGAUCUGCAGAUUAUGUUUAACUAAGAACUAACAAAUGUUGAGGAAAAUGUAAUCAAAUAGGUAAUUUCUGUGCAAGUAGACAUAAAUCACUUAAAUAAGCAGCCAAUCAACCUACCUUCAAGGCUGUGAAGAAAGCCAUCUAGGACGAUAUAGAAAUAACACCAGAUAAACCAAGUUUGAAAACAAGAUAACAGACUGAGCAUGCACCAAUUAAGAAAGUGCAAUAAAAGGACAAGUGAUGAAGAUGAUUAAAUGACCACCAAAAUCCUGAAGGGGUUGUAUUAAGCCCUAAAGGACACUAGAUGGCAGGAAAGACUCAAUAGUUAACUUCUGUUGGUAUUAUUUUUCAAAAUAGGCCUUUUAUGUUAUUAUAUUGAUUGUUAAACUGUUGUUGAUAUUAUAUUGAUAUAUCCAAUGUUGACUGUUAUACUGAUUUGUCUGUGUAGUGAAUAUUAAACAGCCUUUUAAACAGAAACUGCAUUAAUUCAUGCAGGGCUGGAAGAACUUGUGCAAAUAAAGAAUGCCUGUUUUAAUAGUGA